ACAUUCCGUGUAGUGCGCAGUAUUUACCUAUAGCCUAUAUGGUGUUUUGUGAUAUCGCUCUAAUAAUUUAUUUAUGGAAACUAAACAAAGUCGGCGAGAAAUGGUUUCCCUGACGGUUUUACCUUUUAAGAUAGAAUAACCUCUUGGAUUUUUAAACAAAAUUUAACUGAAAUGAUAAAAUGAAGUUCUCUUGCCUAAGGCAAAUGGUUUUUAUCCGAAGCUGUUCGUUUCAGCUAUCCAGCCCAGUAGUCACGUGGUCUCCCGCAGACCUGAUCGAAGCCCGUAAUUGUGGAAACGAAUUGGCCGUCGUGUUACUGAAUCGACCGAUACUUUUCAACAAGGAUUACUUUAGGACGAUUUGGAACAAUGCCAGCGUAAGGGUCACGGUUGACGGAGGAACGAACCGUUGGGUGGAUUUUGUCAAAGAACAAAUCGCACCUGAUGACCAGUUAAAGCCACCAGACCUAGUGACGGGAGAUUUUGAUUCAUGCACUGAUGAAUCGAUGGCAUAUGUGACGAGGUUGAACUGUAGGAUCAUCAAAACUCCAGAUCAAAAUGCAACUGACUUUACCAAAUCUUUGAUGGCACUCCAGAGCACCGGAUAUGCGGACAAAAUAAGUCGAGUGCUGGUACUGUGCGAAAGUUCCGGUCGCUUGGAUCAGAUAAUGGCCAACAUCAACACGCUAUUUCUGGCUCAGAAAAUCCUGCCCCACAAAGCUGUAUUUUUGCGAUCUAGCAAUUCGCUGAGUUGGCUGCUUCCAACGGGAAAUCAUUUGAUAAACAUUCCCUCGCGAUUGGUACAUGAACGCAUCUGGUGCUCACUGAUACCGAUUGGGCAUCGGGUCAUCGGUAGCACUAGCGGACUGCGGUGGAAUCUUGACAACCGGGUCUUGGAAUUUGGUAACCUAGUGAGCACGUCGAAUGCCUAUGCAGAGCAGGAAAUUAAAAUCAUUAAUGACAAUUCCUUGCUUUGGUGUAUGGGGACGUCGCCGAAAGAUAUGUGAUAGAUGGUGCUUAAUGUGGAACAAAGUUCAAUUUUAUUGUAAAUCGAAUAGUAUUUGCCUAACAGUUAUGAGGUUUCAGUCUAUGAGCAAUAUCACUUGAGUAACUAGUUUUCAAAGAUCACAAAUCACUAUAUGACGUACUCUUAUAUUACAAGCGAUAUAAGCUCAAAGUCUGAAUACCUCAUUGGAAUCUUGCGUUAGAAUCUACAACUUCACUGUAGACGGUGUUGUUUGGAAUUUAAAUUGUGGCAGUAGGUACUUCUCUCUGUUGUUAAGAUGUUUCCAUUAUUUAUGAAAUAUUUGAAUAGUAUAGGAGAAAUAUAUUAUUGAAUAGCAAAUUUUUGUAUAAUUAUUGUACACAUGUUAUGCGAAUAUACAGAAUAUUACAGAAAGAAAUAUUUGGAAAAUGAUAAGGCACAUGACCCUUUUGACUCAACAUCGAUUUUCAUUGAGUAUUGACGACUGUUAUGACGGCAAAUAUGAGAACCAGUUAGGAGAAAAGAAACGAGAAACUGUACGGUCCAGCGUCCAGGAACGAAUAAAACUGAAAACAAGCGUCAAUGAAAAAUGAGAUUGUCAAAUCAUAAAACUGU